AUGAUGGAACAAAACGAGAUUGCGAUGCUGAGCAUGCCAGCCGUUGUGCUUGUGGAACCUGCCUGCCUGGUGGAAGGGCAGGACUGCGAGGUUGAGAUCCACCUGUCGAGGGAGGUGGCGUGUGCAGAUGGGCAACAAGUUGUGCUCAGGGGAGAGGAUGACCUCGUGGUGACAGCCCCAUUGACGGCCCAAGAAGGGAGAAUUUGGAGGCUCGUCCUGCCGCCGGUGAGCACCACUAGCCUCUCCGUGGCUGUGGAGGGCCCCAGGAUCCCGCCCACGCCGCCGGAGCCCUUCCUCCUCGUCCUCCCCGAGGCCGCCUCGAACGACUUACGCCGCCUCUUCGCCAUGAUGCUCACCGCAGUCGACACGCGUGACGCCCUCAUGACCGCAGACCUCCUCCACCGGCACCCCGUGCACCCCACGCGCCCAUCCGACCACGAACACCUUCCCCGACCUCCUAAAUUACUGGAGCACUCCCCUGGGCCCGAGGGACCCUCUUCUGGGCCAAUGGGACCGUCUUUUGGGCCAGCAGGACCGGCCCCGCUCAAGGUGGCGGUUUGGAACCGCUACUUUAGGCCCCUGUGCCUGCACCUGGCAGAUUUGCUUAAGGGGCUGGCGGACGGCGCCAGCGAGGCCCACGACGCGUGCGUGCCCACGCUCGUCUACCUGCUGGACAACGAGCGGUGGUGGCUGGCGUCCUUCCUGCUCAAGGCAUGUUUAGCAUCCGGUGUGCCAGUGACCUUGGGCCCCUUCGCCCUUUUGGAGGAGGAUGUUGAGCCGGAGAGGUUGCGGCGGGACUACCUGGCGAUAGGGCACGGAGCGGUGCUGGUGGUGGGCGAGGUGGAGCGCAGCGAGGUGGAGGAGGAUGCGCUUGACCCAGUGGAUCAGCUGCCGCGCACCUGGAUCGACGGGGGCCUGGUCCUUCUGGAGCCCAUCAGCGGCUAG